AUGUUGAGCUCUUUGAUCGAGGAGAACAUUUGUUUGGCAGUAGCAGUCCUUUACUAUACCUGGAGAGCGCGGAACAAGGCAGUGUGGGAGGCUUUCUUACCGACGCCGAGGAGAGUAGUGGAGUCUGCAGCGGCGACGUUACAUGUGUGGUCGGUGGCGUCUCCUUCUCCGCAGCCGCAUGGGCAGUCUACGCCCUCGGCUAGUGCAGCUUCACACGGUCAGUCUGCAGAAAAUCACAUACCAAACCAGCAGAGGCCAAAAUGCUACUUCGACGGAAGCUUCUCCCCAGCAACGUUGAGGAGGACGUUCGGGGCAGUCUUGGUGGUGUCGGACAGUAUUUUCAUGGCGGCAUGUGCGGGUCCUCUUCCCGAUUGUUUUUUGCCCCUUAUGGCGGAGGUCUUGGCGUGCAAGGAAGUGUUGUCCUAG